CAUUUCAAGUGUAGAUAUUGGGCACCGUGAUCAUUGUCUCAGGCUACUUUUAAGUAUACGGAUACUAUCUCUUGCAUUUCAAGUGUAGGUUCUGAGCUGUUUAGGGAUUUUUUUAACCGUGAUUCGUUGAUCUUAAGCUGGUUGUAGAGAGAUGGGGAAGCCACUGAUCUAUGAAAUAUGGGAAAAACCUGCGAGUAGUUGUGUCAUAGGGAUAUGCUCUGCGAUUUGGUUCUACAUUCAGAAGAAAAACAUUGGCUACUCGAAUGUGGGAUUGAGUUACGAGACGGCGAUCGCAGGACAGUAUUGGAGAAUCAUUACAUCUGCGUUCUCCCAUAUCAGUGUCGUGCAUUUGGUUUUUAACAUGAGUGCGCUUUGGAGCCUUGGAGUCGUAGAGCAGCUGGGCCACCUGGGCCUCGGGAUCGAGUUCUAUCUCCAGUAUACUCUUGUUCUGGUAGUCUUAUCGGGAGUGUUAGUUCUAUUAACAUAUCAUAUUCUGAUUCAGAAAUUUAAGCUGGAAUACUUUAGAAGAGUGACGGCCGUGGGCUACUCAUGUGUGGUCUUCGGGUGGAUGACGAUUCUUGCAGUGAAGCAGCCAUCUUCGAAGCUGAAUCUGUUUGGGGUUCUCUCUUUGCCAAUCAGCUUUGCGCCCUUUGAAUCGUUAAUCUUCACUUCCAUAAUUGUACCCCAAGCAAGUUUCAUCGGCCACUUGUCUGGUAUUAUUGUUGGCUAUUCAAUAGCCUGGGGUUUGAUUCAUGGCAUGAGCAAUUACUGGGCAAUUUCAAUGCUUGGAUGGCUUAUACUCAUGUUUAUACUAAGCCUGAAGCGCACUGGGGCAGUUGACCUCCCCUUCAUUGAGAUUGAGCCUGUUACAGAUCCUUCACUUCCUGCUGUCGGCUUUAUUCCUUCUGGUAAUGGACGAACUUUGCAGAUGAAUAUUUUACAUGGCAGAGGUGCGGAACUUGUGUAACUUUUGGAGAAAAAUACAUCGCCAAUAGCGGGCACAUAACAUCGCUUGCUUGGAACACCCAAGAGGAAAUAUAAUAUUGUUUUUUAUUAUUAUUCUAAUGGUAAAAGAUUGUGUUGUUUCUAGAUGUCAGAGAAUUCCAAUUGUAAGCAUUCUCAUGGUCAUGACACAAAAUUGUUAUGCAAAGUGUUGUAUAUGUUUCAGUCAAUUCAUGUCUUUGAAAAAAAUCA